UUCAUCAAGGAAGGCCGUGCGCCAAAAGUUGCAAAGUUGGCGCUGGAAAAUGCCAACGGUGGUUGUUGAUUUUCAUCCGUAUAUCUGGGCCAGGGGUUGGGAACUACCAACGACAAGCUGUGGGAGUUGGAAAAUGGGUACGGAUUACACCUUGUAUAUGCUAAGCUUGGAAGCUGGAUUCUUGGGACUUGUAUGUCGUGUAUCGCAGGAAAAAUAGUAAAGGUGCAAGUUUAUUUCGAGCACGGAGUCGAGCACUCAAAUAAAGCUGAGUCAUGCACGCAGUCGACACGUCACCGGGUUGUAUCGAGGAAGUGUUUGUACUGUGCCAGUAGUCUGGCCCUGGCCCCCACUCCGUGGAGCAACACACGCACCAAAGAAACCAUCUAUCGAUCAUCGAUUUUCGCAGGUGUCUAGCCGAAGAUAUUGAUAUCUUUUUACUAGUAGAAAAGCUGACUCCAUAUUACGCAAGGGAAGGACUCGAGACAUUCCGAAGUAAAGCUCUAUCGUGGAGACAUGCUGCACUCACAAAUACGCGUAAAAAGUAGAAGUGCUGCCUAACCUGUCAGUAUAGAUACAUAGCGAGAACUCCAGCAUCACAACGCAUUCGACACUUUCAGCGACUACGUAUAGUAAGUACAGAUUUGACACGUUACAACAUAUUCUACACGAUUAAUUCUAUAAAGAAGUUCUUUCAACUUGUCGAAGAGCAACUGCGGCAGUGCUUGGGAAAGAACAAGCGGGCACUAAAAAGACACACAUCUUCAAGCGGCAUUGGUGCGGCAGUAUCAACAGCGACUAUGUCUACUUCGUCCGGGCAGCUUAGAUUUACUAUAAAAAAGCGACUCAGACGAGAGUCUGGUUCUGGACCACCGGCGACAGCCGUCUGAAAGGCAUGUGAAGUACGCAUUACAGGCUGAUGUCAUUUACGAUUUCAUGUUGUUGUUGCCCAUCUUGCAUGAGAAAGACGUGCUGGCCUUUAUUGCGGUAUCGGUUGACAAGAUAGAAAGUGGGUCCGGGCCGCUAUUCUUUUCUUGCUUUUUGUGAAAGGUAGACUCAUACCGAUAGGCUUAUUGUCUCGGACGAGAGCUACUGCCUCGAUAGAUCUUCACAUACUUCAAUAAUGCACAAGACAUCCAGGCAGACAAGACAUAUUUGCAAUGCAUAGGCAGCAACUAGAAGCGCCAUGUUGGCCUAUUUGACCGAAGCAGUUGGCGGGUAUAUGAGUGAGUUCGCCAUACUCCUCAAGAGACCCAGAGCCUCUAUCCUACAGGAAAUGACUAGCAUAGAUGGUUGCAGCAACGCAACGACCAAGCUCCAACGAAUGCAUAGACUGGAAAAAAAAGACACGAGAAAUGAUACGUGAAAAGUGUGGCCGAGAGAAGCUGUGCUCCCCAUGUCACGCAAGGCGGAUUUUUGCGCAGUUGUAGCUUUUCAAAGAACUACUACACAAAAAUCAACAAUGCUAUGCUAGCUUUUUCCUGAAGGAUAGCCCUCUUCGUGCAGCUGCUCAACCUCGCAUGUAAUUCAUAUUGUUUGAUGUUGAUGUUUUUUGUUGAUAUUAAUUUGUGAUGCCAAUCAUGUGGAUACGUAGCACGAAGAAGAAAAACUUUUAGGUGGUGCGAAGAACCAACUCUUGCCCUCGUUCAGUAUUCUUCAUCAAUGCUGGCCUCGGAUGGAGGCUGCACCUACUGAGAAAUCGAGGACCUGACUUGCUCGUUCUUCGAGUUGCAGGCGAGGACGAGGAUAGGACUACAGGAUCGAUGAUCGAACGCGCAGCCCUUUUCUUUUCCGAAAAAAAAUAGGUAUCAUCUUUACGGCGCUGAUGCUCUGGCGCGGGUUGAGCUUGAUGACUGGUAGCGAGUCGCCGGUGGUCGUGGUGCUUUCCGGGAGCAUGGAGCCGGGAUUCUACCGAGGGGACAUCUUGAUCCUGAAUAUGUGGAGAGAAGAGCGGUUUGUACCCGGCGACGUCAUCGUUUUUCAAGUUGAGGGACGCGGAAUACCCAUUGUUCACAGUACCUCUUAUUAAUAAAUUUUUCUCCGCAUUUUUGAUUUUUCGCUAGCAAAAAUCAAACCCUGAUAAGUAUUUGUAAUUAGCACAGCAUUAUUAAAGAUAAAGAUAAAGUGCAACGAGCUCCAACCCGAGACGGACUGUUGAAACUAAUUUUUCGCGCUUUCCCCACUCGGUAGUACGAGGACCAGCAGGUCGUGCCCCGGGCCACGACGUAACCCAGUGUCGGCUAUGUGUUGAGCAGCUGUCUUUCCUAUGCUUUGCGACGAAGAAGUGCAGCGCUCUAUGAGGGAUGAUGGUAAACAACAAACAAAAAACAUCAAACAGGGAUAGUGAACGCCCACAAGAACCGGAUAUCCCAGGAAAAAACUCUUUUACUGUGAAAUUUUACCCGCACAAAAACAAAUUUUGAUGCAGCAGAAGGACCACGCUAAUGCUAAAAAAGGAAAAGGUUGUUAAUCUGUUUUCUAGAGCGUGCAAAAGCAUGGGGCUGAAGCCGAUACAUUUGUCUCGUUGCGGUUCCGCAGCAUAGGAACAAUGCGCUAAAUGACUUUUGUCUUGCGAGCUGAUACCGAAUCUGUUUCUGCGGUGCCAAAAAGAAGCAUAUUUAUUUGUAUUUCGGGCAAAGUGAGCAAUGCCAAUGCCCUGUUCCCGGUGAAACUAGAGUUUUUUCGUGCGAUGCUGGAAGACAGAGGAGUACGCGAUUUUUAUCAUUUGUAAAAACGUCCCCAGCCCAGAGUCAAGUUGGGAAUUUUGCAACACAAAUCUUGAAGCUUUGGCAACCACGCAUGACAAAUUGCAGGCUGUAGUGUAGUUGUGCAGUGUUGCAAGGGAAGCCGCAUAACAAAUCCAUCUGCUCAUCCUGUUUACAGGAUUACAAGUUCCAAAACACGAUGGGAAAUGCCUCUCAUGGGGAUGCGCAUUACUAACGCUCUUGUGCUUGCAGAUCUACAUGACAACUCUGGGGUGGGGACGUUUUUGCAUAGGAUAAUUUUGACCAAAGGCGACAACAACCAGGUAGACGAUCGGGGUCUAUCAAAUGUAAAAAUGUCUGGGUCUGGAAGGUCACAACUUGUCAUGCUAAAUCUGCAUCAUGCAGAAAAUCUUGUCAUGCGUUUGCCCUGUUCGCCCGUGCCGCAGGUAAGGCGCAAACGGUCCAGCCUCCCCUGUCCGGGCGGGGUUGCGGCUUAGGGGAGAGUCUCGCCCCUUAACCCAAAGGGGUACGUCGUCUCUUCCGUGGAAACAAAAACGUAUGGCGUAAAAUGGGUCGGGUCCUGGAUCGUUAUGUAUGUUGGGCUGUCGCGCUCGGCUAGCUGGCCGGGCUGUGCUGAUCAGGUGUGGUGGGUAGCUCCCGACUGGUCGGUACUUUUCUUGGGGCGACUUGCCGUGGUAGCGCUCGGCUUUUGUAUGAUGAGGUCGCCGAAAGUGCUUCCUCGCCCACCCCCCGGGGAGGGGAUCCUUGACCUGUGGCGCUGGGUGCGGGUGUCCACUACAUGAUGAUGAUGAUGUGUUGCGUGAUUACCAACAGCCGUGCUUUUUUACCAAGUUGAGAGGGAAUUCAAUUUCUCAUGCGGGACGGGCAUGAUAGAGGGAUCACAGAAUUUGUCAUGCUAGGUGCUGCAUUCUAGAGCUUAUGAGUAAAUAGAAAAACUGCAUGACAAAUCUAGAAAUCUUCCACCAGACCCAGACACUUUUGCAAUCCAUAUGGUCUCUACAUGAGCAAGCAGAAUUUCAUCUCCCGGAAGGAGGUAAUGGGCCGCGCUUUCGGGUUUCUGCCGUACGUGGGAAUGAUCACAAUACUGCUGAUAUGGAUUGCAAAAAUGUCUGGGUCUGGAAACUCGUGACGCAAGUCAGUCAAUAUACAAAUGCACUGUAAAAAUGCGCCGCCAAGCAUGACAAGUUGCUUCGUGCUUCUGUGCUGCAUAUUCCGCAUGAGAAACUGCGUUUUUGCAUAUUUCGCAUGACCCAACUACUCUCCCGAGCCCAUGAUCCCACCUGUGCUUUGCACCAACUUUGGAUCGGCUCACCAUUCGCUUCCGGGGGGUGCAAUUUGGUAUCUAACCGACAUUGUGCCAAGAGGAAGGCCUCCUCGGAACCGCCUGGCGAAAGCCUGCCAUGGGUUUCACUAUCCACGGGUGGUGUUGCGGGUAUUCCUGGCGAAAGCCAAAAACCGGCAGAAAACGGGCCACGGCAGCGCUCUCGCUGGACAUUACCAACAUUUGUCCGGGCAGGGCCGUCCUCUUGCCGGACACAACCAACAUCUGUCCGAAACAGCCUAGGGCCAAGACGACACCGUGAGGACGACCACAGGGGGUUCGUCUCAAUGAUGAUGAUGAUGAUGACAGGCGAGAGAGGCUGUUUGUGGCCACGCAAUACAGAUUUAAGGGCCAUGCCAGAUCAGCAUGACAAAUCUCGCAAUCUUCCAGACCCGGACAUUUUUGCAUUUGAUAGCUGAACGAUUACCCCUGGCUCAAAUACAUCAUGAUUGGCAGCAUGGGCUUCUUUGUCAUGAUAGGCAGGGAGUCGAAGGGCUGGCUGUAGUUGUAUUCAUUGACACGACACCAGUUCUUCAUCUUCUUCUCUAUGCUUCUGGCCGUUCUACGCACUACACAUCGCCCCGCAGCCGGAACCGCCUCCACACCAGAGUUGUACCCAUGCCCGAAAUCUUCGCUGUAGCCCGUCCUGCCCUCCUUAUCCCGAAAGGAAAUCACAACCGCGACCGCAACCAGCACAAUUUCUGUGGCUCCACCACUAGUACCACCAAGCGCCUCCCAACGAAAUGAAGCUACGGGAGCGAGCUUCUUCUCUGAGGCUAAAGCAGCAGCUGUUAGAAGUUUGAUGUGUUUUAUUUCGAAGAAAACCAAGACACUGGAGAGAGUGCGGAAGAACGACAGUCCGCAAAAGACGCGAGGCACGACAAGAACGAAGCAACAAUUUGGAUUCAGCCUGGAAAGUGCCGCGCAAAAGUACGGUCUCUGUGCCUUAAGUAAGUAGUACUCCGUUAGUGUACAACAGCACGCAUGUAGUUGUGCUUGUCUAUGGUUAGCCGUGCUCUGCAUGCCCGCAAACCGGAGCCAGUCCCAGUGCUUGAUACGGAACGAGUGCUGGUCAUAGGCUGGUAACCAAACAACUAUAUGGAAUUCAAUAAGUUGCUUCCGUGUUCACGACGUAGUUGGUCGCCAUCACAAUGGAUGCAAGUAUAUGCUCCUUCAGCUUCAUCUAUGACUUUGUAUGGACAUCGCGGGGAAAUACUUAAAAAAAAAAACAGUUCCAAUUCGCUUCUUGGAAGAUUGGUUGUAUUCAG